GGAGCCGAGGUUGCUGCGGGAGUCAUGUUGGGGUCCGCGGCUCAUGCCGCGGCCGUAGAGGAGCGGCGAAAAAAGCUCCAGGAGUAUUUAGCAGCCAAAGGGAAGCUAAAAUGCCCAGAUACCAAGCCUUAUCUCAAAGAACAGAAACAGUGUCCGAAGCCACCGACGUCUACAUCUACUACUGGACCCAAAAAUGACACGGUGAGAUGGACCCAGUCACGUGCUGCUGGGAGGCCCACUAAUAAUGUGCUCCAGACAGGAUCUUCUAAUGUCAAUGGAACCCAAAGGCCAAAAUCAGCAGCACCAAAAAUUAUGGGGAAAGGACCAAUUACAGGCCCCCUAUCCUCCAAGCCAGACUCCAAACUCUCAGGGAAUACCCACAUCCAACAUCUCCAGAAAACGGCAUCUUCUACUGUGCAUAAGCUCUCUAGAAAGCCUCUGACCUCAAGUGAGACCCAGUGUAUGAGGAAGACCACAGAACAGAAGGCGACAAAUCACAGAAUUGCCGGAUGGAUGGACUCUGUGCCUGAGCUUCAUGCUGAAAACCAGCUCUUAGAUGACUUUCCAAAGGAGACAGACAAAGAGAACUGGCCUUUCCCAACUACUGUAGAACUAAAGAGGAAACCAGAAUCUGCAUUCUGUAACACAGCUAAAUCAAAGGGAAAUUCUGACAAUCCCAGCAAAAGAGGUCUGGCUCCAAAGCAAGCUGCAGACAAAGGUGCCAAGGACAGCGUCCCUCCGAAAGACCAAGUUAAUAAACCAUUUGUUCACAAGAUUCAAGUCUGGGUUCCCACAGGAAAUUCCCAGCAGCAGCUCCCUAAGGAGGAAGGUUGUGAAAGACCCAGAGACAAACGUCCAAGAACGGUUCCUUCUCAUUUGGUUCAGAGCCUUGCUAGGACUCAAGAAUCAAAGAAACUAGUAACCAAGAAAGAGGAUGGAAAGGUCCACAAAGAUGAAAAAGAAGGCUGCCAUGGAACAAAGUUACAAGGAAAUGGCGUCGUUAAACAGACUAUAGAAAGAAGACUCCCGAGGACAAAUCCAGCCCUGCCACAGGUGGGAAAGUUCAGUAGAUGUGAUCACAGUAAGCAAGAUCUAAAGCCAGUGCAGCCUUGUGCCAAAAGUAAGCUAUCUGUAAUGGCACCACCAUCGAGAAACGUGACCAGACAGCCUCACUUGGUGGGUGGCACCUUGAAAGUCCACGCAUGUGGGCCUACAAAAAAUGAGAGUAAUUGUAACUUGAAAAAAGAGCCACAGACUCUGGACUCCACGAUCAAAAGGACUGUGCCCUGGAAUUAUUCUGGGAGAAGUUUGAACCCCAAGGCUCAGCCCUGUGUCAGUGAAGGAGAAAUGCAAAAGCCAGCUAUGCUGGAAGCAUCCGGUCCCCAUGUCAAGCCGAAUACCCAACGGAAGAAGGGCAAGGAGGAUCGAAGGAUACAACUGGAAGAAUGGCUGGCAUCCAAAAGGAAGACCUAUAAACGCCCUCCUAUGAAGUUUCUAGCACAAAAGAAAAACAUGCAGAAAUUCAACCUUUCCUUCUGGAACAGCAUAAAAGAGGAAGAGGAAGCAAAGACCGAGGAGCUGGACCUGUCCAACAAAAUCAAGAGCAGCCUGGCAGAGUGCCUGAAGCUUGUGGAAGAGGGCGUGCACUCUGAUGAGAUACUGGCUGUACUCUCUGGUUUUCCUGAGGCGGAAAAGUUUGCCACAUUCUGGAUCUGCAAGGCCAAGCUGCUGGCGAGUAAAGACAGCUCGGAGGUGAUAGGGCUCUAUGAAGCCGCUGUUCGCUGUGGGGCUGAGCCAAUACAGGAAUUGAGGGAUGUCGUCCUCAGUAUACUGAAAAGCACCAAGAGAGCGACAGAAGGAAUUACCAGGGAAACUACUUCUACAUCUGUGAAGGAGACGGCAACAGAAGAGACGUCCCGAGGAUUUGAUUUUCUCCCUCCAAGAGAGAGAGUCCAAAGUGGAGCCACUCCCUCAACAGCCAAGAAGUGUAAAGACAAUCAUUUACUGUCCUGUAUCAAGUUGCAGGUCACCCCCUUGCCUAGAACCCCUGGAAUGCCUAAGAUACAAGACGUGAAGCUCGUCACUCCUGUGCGGCGCUCCCUGAGGAUCGAGCAUGCAAGGCCAAACUACCCUGACACGCUUCAGGAGCACAGCAUGGUGGUGGCCUCCCUCAACCAGCUGCCGAGGGUGACAGAGGCGGACUGCUUCAUCUACUGUAAGAAUGAGGCUCUGCCAGAGGAAACCGAGCUCCAGAUCUUUGGGGUGUCAUAG